AUCAGGAUGGCUUUAAAAAGCCGGUAGGCUUGACUUGGAAUUCAGUCAGUGAUAGUUCCCACAGCGAUUGCAUAGCAUCAUUUGCACAGCCUUUUUAAAAAAGAAAAGAGAACUUUAAAAUGAACUCAAUAAGCUCAACUACUUUCAAGAUGAUUGCGAAGCUGAUUGUCGUCUGUUUAAUGCUUGCUGUCAACCAGGUUUACGCCGGAGUGAACCAUGGUCUUCAGACUGGUGGAUUCGGUGGUGCUGCCACCUACGGCACUGGCUCCGGUGCUGGAGGAUUCGCCGGAAGCUCCCUUGUUUCUCCAUUGGCCUCGUCUGGAUUUGCUUCACCUUACGGCGCUCAAGGCGGCAACUACUUGCAAGGUGUCAAUACGAUUCAUCAAGGAUCAUCGGCUGGCUUCGGUGGUUUUGGCGCAUCAUCAUCGAAGAGCGGUCAUUAUGGCAAAUAGCCAGCAAAAAAAUAAAAAAUAAAAAAUGAAAGCAGACGAGUACGAUUAUUUUCUUUAAUUAAUCACUCGUCAGUCCCUCCGUUUAUUUACGUUGGCCAGCAAUCACGUAACUGUUUUUCGUUUUGUUUUUUAUAUGAUCCCUGAAUGGCUUGCUUAUAUAGACAGUAUAAUAUUAUAUAUAUAUAAAAAAAGGGAACUAUAAUUCCCGCACUGGUCUUGAAUACAUUUUGCACAAAAUAGAA